UCUGGCCACAGUCUUGGUGGCCCAGGUGCCAGCUCCUGGCUCUCCAAUCCCCAGACCCGUGGCAACAACUCAAGGCGAAGCGCCCACGGCACUGAAGAACAAGCCGCGCCCAGCCAGAGCGCCGAGCCCGACUCAGGCCCCCGACAUGCUGCCCGCGCCACUGCCAGACGGCGUCUCGCUUGAAUCAGGACCCCGGUUGCCUCCGAAGCCGCGGAGGCUGGGUUCCUGGAGGCGUUCUGGCUUGAUCGUUGGGGAACGAAAGACACCGGACUGCACGCGCACCCCGCCUCACCGUUUCCUGUCAGGCUGUAACUUCUGUAACCCCGCGGCGGGGCGGAGGCCUAAGGCCUGCGCGGCUCCGGCAGCGAAGCGAGCGGCCUAGUGAGGGCCUGAGGCGUACGCGGCGCGGACUAUAACUCCGGCGCCCGCGCUCUAGGCCUCGGCGUCGGCGGUGGCGAUGCUGUGGCAGCGGUUGGCUGUGGUUGAGUGGGCAGCGCUGGCCUGGGAGCUCCUCGGUGCCUCCGUGCUGCUCAUCGCCGUGCGCUGGCUGGUCCGGCGGCUAGAGAAGCGGCCGCGGGACCUGAACCGUUGCGGGACACCCUCCUCGCCUCCCAGCGCGUCUGCCGCUGUGGCGCCUCAGCCAGGUGAAGUGACAAUGGAUGCCAUGUUGGCGCGAUUGAAACUCCUGAAUCCAGAUGACCUUAGAAAAGAAGUUAUAAAAGCUGGAUUGAAAUGUGGACCCAUUACAUCAACAACAAGAUUUAUUUUUGAGAAGAAAUUAGCUCAGGCUUUACUAGAGCAAGGUGGAUUGCUGACUUCCUCUCUUCCCAAUCACAGUGAGGUAACUGCCACAGCAUUUAUCCAGGGCACCCCAAGGACUCCUGCAUCUAUGGAAGGGAAACAAACUCAGCAGGCCAGUUCUUCCGAAGACAAAGAUUUUGGUUAUAGUGUGGGCUUGAACCCUCCAGAAGAUGAAGCUGUGACAUCUAAGUCCUACCCAGUACCCCUCAGUGCCUCUGCCAGGAAUGACAACCACAAGGCUGGAGUGACAGCUGCUAAGGAGCCACUUCUGUACUAUGGAGUGUGUCCAGUAUAUGAGGAUGGCCUUGUGAGAAAUGAAAGGAUCCAUGUUUAUGAAGAUAAAACGGAAGCAUUGCAAGCUGUCAAAUUGAUCAAAGGGUCCCGGUUUAAAGCUUUUACAACAAGAGAAGAUGCUGAGAAAUUUGCUAGAGGAGUAUGUGAUUAUUUCCCUUCUCCUAACAAAACUGCGUCUUUACUGUCUCCUGUGAAGGCAGUGCCAGUCUUUGGCAGUGAUGGGUUGAAAGCAGAUGGUUUGUGCCUGGCUGAAUCAGAAACAGUAAACAAAGAACGAGCAAACAGUUAUAAAAAUCCCCGUACACAGGACCUCACUGCCAAGCUUCGGAAAGCUGUUGAGAAAGGGGAAGAACACACCUUUUCUGAUCUUAUCUGGAAUAAUCCCCGAUAUCUAAUUGGUUCUGGGGACAACCCAACGAUUGUACAAGAGGGAUGUAGGUACAAUGUCAUGCAUGUUGCUGCCAAAGAGAAUCAGGCUUCUAUGUGCCAGAUGAUGUUAGAGACUCUGGAGAACCCUGAGUUUAUGCGUCUGAUGUACCCAGAUGAUAACAAGGACAUGCUGCAGAAGCGCAUCCUCUACAUUGUUGACCUUUAUCUGAAUACUCCUGACAAAGUGGGCUUUGAUACACCACUGCAUUUUGCUUGUAAAUUUGGGAAUGUGGAUGUAGUCAAUGUGCUUUCUUCACACCCUUUGAUUGUGAAAAAUCCAAAGAAUAAAUAUGGUAAAACACCUGAAGACGUAAUUUGUGAAAGAAGCAAAAACAAAUCUGUAGAACUGAAAGAAAGGAUUAGAGAAUAUUUAAUGGGUCACUACUAUGUGCCACUUCUGAGAGCAGAAGACACUUCUUCUCCUGUCAUUGGGGAGCUAUGGUCCUCAGACCAGAGAGCUGAAGCCUCUAAUGCUGACCACUGUAGAAGUAGCCCCAGAGAUCCUGUGAUGACACUGAGAGCUUUUGUGGGGCCUCUAAGUCCAUCCAAGGCUGAAGAUUUUCGAAAGCAAUGGAAAACUCCACCUCGAAAGAAAGCAGGCCUCUUCCACAACAUCAGAAAGUCUGACCCAGAACGAGGCAUUGAGAGAGUGGGAAGGGAGCUAGCUCAUGAGCUGGGGUACCCCUGGGUUGAAUACUGGGAGUUUCUGGGAUGUUUUGUUGAUCUGUCUUCCCAGGAAGGCUUGCAAAGACUAGAAGAAUACCUUACCCAACAGGAAAUGAACAAAAAGGCUCAACAAGAAAUAGGAGAAAAUGAAGGCUGCCUUCAGGACAGAGCCUUGGUUUUUGGCAGUGGAAAGAAGUACAGCAAUUCCAUCUCUGUAGGAGCAUUUCUAGAUGGGGAUGAUGACAUUAGCUUGGAAGAAAUUAAAAAUCAGCAAAAUACAGCUCAAAGUCAGAGUCAGCCCACAACCAAUAAAUUCCAAAACUCUGAAUGUAGUUCCCUUCCCUUGGGACAGAAGGUGGACCCUGGAGAAGCCUCAGUUGGAUCUUGCUCCCAUAACAACAGAAAUGGGCUUUGUCAUCCUCUGAACCACAGGACCACAGGUGGAAGCGGGGGACCAGAGGCCACCAGUGGGGAAGAGGCCCUUCCACUACCUGUUUCUGCUUUGACUCUAGAGUUUGAUAAACUGAAUUUGCAGACUCUAGGAGAUAGUCUUAUUGAGACACCAAAUAAAAAUAAGAUACUGGCUUCAAGUAAGGAUGUAGUAGGGAGUGACUUGCUGGUACCUCCUCCUGCAAUAUCGAGACUUGAAAAUAACCAAGUCAGAACCAACCAUGAAGUGUCAGAGGCAAUGGCUGAAAUGUCUUUGGAUCCCAACAGCCCCCAGCUUGGAGGUCAGGCUAGUCUGGAACCUGUGUUCUCAUCUGCCACGGGAGAUCCCACCAGGAGGCUCUUCCUUUCUGGAGAAGAGCCAUCAAAACUAGAUCGAGAUGUUUUAGCAGCUCUUGAGUGUGCCUCUAUUGACCCUGGCCUGUACCCAGCUGUCCACAGAUGGAAAAGCAACGUCCUGUGUUACUCACCCUCGGACAGACAAAGUUGGCCAAGUCCUGCACUGAAGGGGAAAUUCACAACUGAGCUGAUGGAUCUUGGUUGCUCUCACAGCUGCAGUUCAGGGCGAAGCAGUCCAGCUGGUAGCAGCCCCAGCAAGCCUGGCCACAACACCUCCUCCCCUGGCCUUCACAGCCCCGGUCGUUACAGUCCAGCACAUGGGAGCCACUUCCAAAGAAUGGCACACAUGGCCCGACUUGCAGCUCUGUAGAGCCAGCCAGUAUGCUCACUCCUAGGUCUCAUUUACUUCUUUGUUUUUAAAAGAAGGGUGAUAUGUUUAUUGGUAAAAAUUCUAUGAAAAAAAAAAUGUAUUCUGAAUAACUUCUUAAUCCUCACUUUGAGGGUACCAGAAUUUUAGAAUAUACAAUGUUAUGAGUAAAACUUAAAUUUGCUAUUUUGGAGGAAGUUAAUGAAAGCAAACUCAAAUCCUAGUUGUUUGAAAAGUGUGGCUGUAGUAAUGAUUCAGACGUUUCAGGAGAAAAUUUCAGUUGACUUAGGCAAGUGAGGUGUUGCUCUAAUAGAGGCUGGCUACCUGUGGUGUUAGCAGAGCUCUAAAGUACCUGUAUGCAUACCCACUGUUUCUGAAACAGAUGAAUUUUGUGUUGUCUCAUUCUUUGGGUGGGAGCAGUUUUCUGAUAUGCAAUGGCAAAAAUCUGUGUUUGUCACUUAAUCCUAGUCGUUCCAACAGUGAGACAGCACUUUAGUAGCCAUGCUCAAAACACUGCUAGAAGAUUAAAAAAAAAAAUUACGUUUUCUUGUGGGGGCAAAAAAGGUUAUUAAAACCAUCGGGAGUCAUGCCAGUAAUCACAGACAACUCACCAGCAAUAACUAAAACAAUUUUUAUUCCUUAGAACUUCCAUGUGCUUUGACUUAGUUGUCGGUGUAAUGAUAAUUAAGUAAUGUAGAAGUUUCCUAGUCUUAAAACUUUUCCUGAGACUUCAUUGAGCAUGAUUACGUGACAAAUAUAUCUCAUAUUUUAGAAUCCAUUUAAAGAACAUUACACUACAAUUUAAAGCUUGAAAUUUGAGGUCAUUUCAGUUGCUUACAAUGUUUACUUUGCCCUAUCCCUUGUCAUUAGUCCCAAGAGAUCUGUACAGAGUGUGCUACCCACCCUAAGGUACAAAGGUAAAACCACCUUGCUGAAGGUAGGUCCUGGCUCUCUGGUGCACCUGCUUUCUCAAGGGCAGUACUAUUCUAUAGACACUUACUUACAUUGCUUAACCCCAAUUGAAAACUAUACCACUGAUUUUGCCAACUUCAGUGCCUUUUGUGAGUCAUUUUUAAUUUUCCUGAGCUUAGAUUUUGAGAUCAUACAGUGCCACAAAAUGGGUGUUAGAUUCAUUUUUGUUCAUAAAAAUUUUGGCUGGGCAUGGUGGCACAUAACUUUAAUCCCAGCACUCAGGAGGCAGAACUCUGUGAGUUUGAGGACAGCCAGGACUACAUAGAAAGACCUUAUCUCAAAAAAACAAACAAAAAAUAAUAAUAAUAAUAAAAAUUCUGAGUUGAAAUGUUUAGAGUUUUUUAAAGCUUAUUUUAAUGUGAUAAAUGGAUCAGAAAUAUUAGAAUUGAGAUUUAGGACUUUGGAUUCAAAGUUUAUUACUUGGAGUGUUUUCAUUCCCGGUGUAAGCAGAUGAUAUAUAAGUGUAAGACAGCCAAUAUCGUGACCUGAAAACAAUGUCAUACUAAAAGGAUUAUCUUUGUUCUCAAAAGAAACCAAAAUUCACACAUUAUAUUCAGCUAUGAUCUUGUUUUCUUA